GGCCACCGCGUGCGUAACGUCGUUCCCUCUAUCUUGCUUUUGUUUUGCCUCGGGCAUCCCUCUCGUUACGAACGUCAUUCCUCCCCUCUUUUUCCUCACGUGCAUCCUUUCCAUCGUAUCCAUGUAUCAUCGUUGGACGUGUUUUUCGUCGAAAUAAGAGCGAGUCACUCGUAUGCUUUUAUCAACCGUAUGUGGAUAUACGAGAUCGAGCCGAUCACGUGUGACGUCGCGGCGGACGGUGUUUCGACCGAGUUUGUUUCGAAGUGAAGGGAACGGAAUGAGGAAGGACUCGGUGAUCGACGAGGAAAUGGUUCUUCGAUCGGCAAUACCUCGAUGCGAGUUGGGGAAACGAUCUUGAGGCGAUCGGAUGUGCAACGAGGCGCUACCGUCGAGGAUAACAAUAGGCCAGCUCCACAGCUGUGCUAGAGACACUUGAUUGGAUUCAAAGAAGAACAAAAAUUUAUUCAAUUUCCGUCAUUGCGAUUCAUCGAUCGAGUUUAGAUCGAGGUUACGUAAUUAACUCUUUAAUAAACAACGACCGAGUAAAACGUGACGAUCUCGCAAUUUAUUAAAAAAACCAACGAUACCGGUGGAUGGCGAUUGCCACGAGCUUCCAUGAAGACACCGCACCUAGGCGACCAUGAAGACUGAUUGCCUGCCAAUAAUUGCCAAGUUCUGCGCGCUACUGACACUGUUCGGGCCCAGUCGUGAUGUUCGAGCACUCGAUAUACGGACGUGCAAUCAAUCCUUGGGGAUGGAGUCCGGCGACAUACCGGAUUCGGCCAUUACGGCCUCCUCGUCGUAUGUGACGAACGUCGGCCCACGAAAUGGCCGGCUGCGCAAGGAGACGGCUGGCGGCGCGUGGUGCCCCAAGAGCCAAAUAGAAAGAGGAAUUCGUGAGUGGCUGCAAGUGGAUCUUCCCGGCCCCCACGUGAUCACCGGUGUGCAGAGCCAGGGCCGUUACGAUCACGGCCGUGGGCAGGAAUACGUGGAGGAGUACACCCUCGAGUAUCGGCGUCCAGGGUUCGCCGAGUGGCGGCGAUACAAGCGGUGGGAUAACAAGGAGGUGCUGGCUGGGAAUACCGAUACGUCGACGGUGGUGUCGCAUCGAUUGGUGCCGGCGAUCUUCGCUAGCCAGAUUCGAAUCUUGCCGCACUCCGAGCACAGGCGCACCGUUUGCCUUCGGAUCGAGCUGAGGGGAUGCAAGGACACGGGUGGCGUGGUGAGCUACACCAUACCGGAAUCCCCGACAAUCGAGCUGAGCGACAUCUCUUACGACGGUAAAAGGCAGGACAACUUGUUGACCGAUGGUCUAGGCCGGCUGAUCGAUGGAGAGGUCGGCGCGGAUAAUUACAGGCUGGACAUGGGAGAUGGAAGAGGGACGGGAUGGGUCGCCUGGAUGCGCGACACCUUCGUUGACGAUUACGUGGAGCUGGUGUUCGAGUUCGAGGUAACCUGGAUCUUCGAGGCGGUCCACAUCUACACCAAUAAUUAUUUCUCCCGCGACGUUCAGGUAUUCUCGAAAGCGGACGUUUGGUUCAGCGUAGAUGGCGCCACCUACGAGGAGGAGCCAUUGUCCUACUCCUACAUACCGGAUAUCGUGUUGGAGAACGCGAGAAACGUCUCGAUAGGGUUGCACGAGCGCGAAGGGCGAUUUCUCAAAAUACAUUUGUACUUCGCCGCCCGAUGGAUCAUGAUCAGCGAGGUGGUGUUCGACGGAACGAAUCCUUAUGAAAACACGACCGAGGAGUCAGCAUCCGAGCUCGGUAACGGGGAAAUUCCAAUGGACUCCGAGGUGGAUCUUGACUUGCAAACAAUUACAGUAGCGGGAGAGGGUCAGGAAUAUUUAGAGGUACUAAUAGGUGUUCUGACCGCCAUUAUCCUACUUCUCCUCGUGGUGUUCGCCAUUAUUCUCCUUCUGAAUCGACGACAAAAACUUCAGAGCUCGCCGACCGUUCUGAAAAAUCCAUUUGGAUUCGCCAUAAACAUGAAGGGCCUCCUCUUAAAUUUAACCCCCGGUGGAAUGCUGACAGAGACUGCCAAUCACGUAUCGCCGGACAUGCCCGAGGACGGAAGUAUGCACGAGUCUUUGACAAUGGAACAAUUCAAUUCGCCCCUUGUCAGCCCACAGUAUAAAUCUACGUACGCGAUAGUGGCCACUUCCGAAUCCCCCAAAGAGCUGAAGGACGUGAACGUCUCGGAGGAGAGCGUGCGACUCGACACGAGGCCGGAAUCGACCGUGGGUCCGCCCAGUUGCUCCUCGUCGCCGACCAACUCGCCCGCACGCCACUCUCAACACUACAGGACCCUCCAAAGUUACACGAGCCCAACUGCGAAACUCAAUAUCGCGGCCACGUCUAAUCACCAGCGGGACGUCGAUCAGAUCCACUCGAAACGCUGGCACACAGCGCCUAAAGAGAAACACAAGAUACCCGCACCUGUCGUCAGCUGGAACAUCGCGCCCAGCAUGAACAAACCGUACAAGUGCAAGGAGAUAGAGCCCACCAAUAUACCCCGCCAGUGCCUACGUACCACGGAGAAACUUGGCUCGAGGAACAUCGGCGAGGCGAUAGUGUGCGAGGCGGUCGGAUUGGAGGACGCGGUGGCGGAUGCGCCAAGAUUGGUGGUUGCUCGCGUGCCCGCUUGCGCGGGCGACAUACGGGGCGGAAGUACGGCGGACCAGAUAAGAGAGGUCCGAUUUCUGUCCAGCCUGUCCGACCCGAACGUGGCGCGGAUCCUGGGAGUGUGCGCCGUGGAACCAGUCCCGUGGACGAUCAUCGAGUACACGGAACUCGGUGAUCUCGCCCAUUAUCUCCAGUACAGUGUGCCACUUACGGGAACGCUUAGGCCAAGCUGCAAUUUGAAAGCCCUUAGCCAAAGCUGCCUGAUGUACAUGGGCGCGCAGAUAGCAUCGGGCAUGAGGUUCCUCGAGUCGAAGAAUCUCGUGCACAAAGAUCUGGCGGCCAGGAACUGUCUGGUGGGCCGCUCUUACACCGUGAAAGUGACCGACAUAGCGAUGUGCAGUGACCUUUACAAGAAGGAUUACAGUGAUAUAGGCGGCAGACCGCCGGCGCCAAUCAGAUGGCUGCCGUGGGAAAGCAUUCUGUUGGACAGGUACACUUGCUCGAGCAGCGUCUGGUCGUUCGCCGUCACUCUGUGGGAAGUGAUGAGCCUGGCCAGAGAGAAACCUUUCCAGCAUUUGACCAACGAUCAGGUGAUACAGAACGCGGAACACAUGUACUACGGGGCCGAGUUGCAGAUAUAUCUUCCAAAGCCCACAAUGUGCCCGGAGGAGGUCUACAGGAUGAUGUGCUCGUGUUGGCGGAGGGACGAGACCUCGAGGCCGACCUUCAAAGACAUUUACACGUUCCUGAAAAACAUAAUCUCGGACUAUCGACCUGGUGCAUAAAGAGACUCGGGUCCCAGUUAACUGUGAUACACAAAAAAAAAAAAAAGAAUGGACAAAAAUGGGGAAAUCUCCGUUUUUACGAAGCCGGAAGUGUACAAUCGUUAGUUUUAGUGCAUGCAGCGGAGGCGAGCCGCGUCAAAUUUCCUCCUUCUUUUUUUUUUUUCAACGGAUGGAAGGAGAAAGGGAAAAAUCGCGAUCUGUCUAACGCUUCUUCCGUUCUCUCGUUUCUAUCUCUCGACUCUUGUCGAUCGGGCAAAAUCGAAGAAUCGAAGAAACGAAGUGAAUUCUGUGUUCUUCAGAAUUUUCCCUCGUUGGAAUUAUUUUGCCCGAUCGCUCGACGAUAACGUCGCCUUGAUAUUUUCUAGUCAGCUCGGUCCUUCAAUUCCUACCAAAGUGCUGCUAUAUAUCGUGUACAGUAUACUGAACACUGAGUACGCGUAUACCGCGAUCCUGCGCACCGAUAAGUCUAUCCACUUGUACAUACGAGACUAGAUAAACGAUGCCUAGGGUGAACUAUAGGAAUUUUCGCGGCGGCUGGUUCCUUCGAGAAAGAAGAUCGUGUUCACGUUGCGAUGGAACGCGAUUAAAUCCGGUGUUAACGCUAUAAGGAUCCACGUGUUGCCUUCACUCUUGAUUGAACAAAAGUAUCUGUAUACCGUGUAUAGAUAGAAUAUUAGAAUAAUGUAACGAUAAUAAAAUUGGUCUUCGUGAAAAUCAAAAUUUUUCAUUUGAAUUUUCUUUCGAGAAGCUCUUUUUCGAGCCGCAUAUAAGAGAUUUCCCUUCAAAGAUUAAUGUGAAACGUGUUUUCCAAUCGCAAGCUGCUUUUUACGAUCCUCUGCUCGAACAGUCAACGACAUUUUCGCAACAAAUCAAUAAAAAUUGUAAUAUCUUUAAGAGACACCAGCCUCGCGAAAUUCCCGACUUAUCUUGUACAUUCGAAAGCCCGUCGUACGUAGCGUAAAGUACUUAUAUCGUUCCAUUGUAUUCCUUUCCGUUCGAAUGAGAAAGAGAGAGAAAGAGAGGAAGAGAGAGAGAGAGAGAGAGCUUACAUCUUUAGCGGAAGUAGAAACUCGAAACCCGACUUAACUCUGUUCUUCUCGAAAACCUAAACGCAUAAUAUCAUCACGCUCCUUCCUUUGAUUUACCAUUUAAGGGCAGAGUGGAGAGAGAUCAGAAGGCGAAAUCAUCCUUUUGACCACCAAUUCGUGGAUGCGCAUCGUGGAUGAUCCUCGUAUCUUCGAUUUCGAAGAUGGAUUAUCUCCACCACCAUUUCUCCAACUUUCGAAACGUCGACGGGCAAAGACUAACUCCUUCGCUUUUAGAAGCGCGAGAGUUAAAGGAUCAAUCAAAUGCGUUUGAAAGUAAUUUUUCCCUGAUUCGUCGCGUAUUAUUAGACGAUCAAUAUCAAAAUUUUCGAGAUAAAAAGAAAAAACGUUUUCUACUCUCAAAUUCGUAUUCGCAUCUUAAACUUUAAAUAAUUAUAAUACAAUAAGUCGAAAGUACAAACUGGCUCCCCUUCAUCCAGAAAUAGAUAAAAUAAUGAUUGUUGAUCAUUCACGAUGCGUAUUUAAAUUGAAAAUUCGCCUUCGAGGCAUAACGAUCGAUUAAUGCCGCUCCGAAUUCCGAGGAAGAACGAAGAACGUUUGAACGGGACCAGUGUAACCAACUCGUCGAUCGUGAUCGUGGAUCCACGCGAACAGUGAACGAAGAGCUAUUAUGUUAUCAAGCCCAUAAUCGCAAGGAAAUCAGAGGAAACAGGAUAUGAUUCGCGGUUGGUUAAGUGCCAAACGGAGCGAGGCGUUCAAACGUUCCCCCCUCUGCGCGCACCUUUCUGUAAUUAUUAAGAUGGAUUCAAGUAUACGUUGAAAUGAUUAACAAAUAAAGUACUGAGUGUUCCUUUCUGA